CCUUUUGCCAACUCUGAUUCUCGGUCCAAUGAGACGGAGGUGAGACCCCCCAGGAGGCCGAGGGUGGCUUGGCAGGCGUGGAAUCCAGAAGAGGAAGAGGAGAACCAGGUGGAGAUCAUACGUCCACGUACUACCAUAUGGGAGCUGUGGAGAAAAGCGGCCAUUCUAUGCAUCGGUGAGUUUCUGAAGAGACAGGACAAGGAUGAGCGACAGAAAAUCAAAUUCCUGAGCAGCAUCUGCGUACUGUGCAAAUGCAAGGACACGUCGCUCGACUUGAAUACUUUCUGCCGAGAAAACCAGCUGGCAGAGAAUGUCCAGGCGCUGAUCGAUGAGGAGGCCAUGCACGCUUUGUGCUCAGUGAUAAAGCAGAAAGUCAUGCUGACCUUUGCUGACAUGAGCACUGUGGAGACAGCACUGGAAGGCAAAACAGAGAGCAUCCUGAAUUCCUGCUUCAACAGUGUCUUCUUUUUGCCUCCGGAACUGGACGUACCAGAAGAGGAGCAAACUCUCUACACUAAGACCAUGAUUGCCAUGAACGUCAUGCUGCGAGCCUUGGUGCACAACUGCCCCAGCUCCAGAAUGAGGGAGGAGAUGUGCAGCAUCUUUCAGGCUCUGCUCCACUUCUUCCACUCCCAGCACAUGCACGUUCGUACGAGAGCCCUGUACGGGGUUUUACGGAUGAUCACGGACUUUAUAGAAAAAGACUGGUACUGCGCUGCAAAUUGCGGGUUUAUAUAUGAGUCACUCAUCGAGGUCUACUUCCCAAUCCUGGGACAGCUGCUGGGUCACCUCUGCCUUUUCAGUUGUGGCCAACAUGCCACCAGAGUUCCAGCUACAGAUGCUCUUUAUCGCCUCUAUGCAUUUGUCAAACGCGAUAGAAGAACAGCCCUGACAGAGGAGAUGGAAAAGUACGUGCAUCUCCGGGAGAAGCUGCAGGAUACUAAUUUUGCAUGCGAUAACUUGUGCAGUCCCAGUGAUUGUGCCAAGGUAACCUUCUGCCUUGCUGAGGAUCUCGUCCACAGCAUCAGCAGGAAAUGUUUGUGAGCAAAGGGAGUGUCACGGCAGCAGAUCCAGCCCUCCAGGCUGUCAGCAAGCCCUUCUUACCGACUGCCCAUGC